CAGCGCGCGCAGAAGGGCACAGUCCAACCUCGCGAGCGCCGCUGCAGACCGCAUUUCUUCACAGCCGCACACCGAACCCGCGGAGCCCACAGGGAGAGUCAUGUCGAGCGUGAGCCGCGCCUUCAGCUUCCUCAGAGCGUCGGUGAGGCCGCAGGUGGUCCCUCGCGCCAGUAUAACGUCAAAGCCAGCGAAGCACGCCUUGACAGCCGGGGAGCAGGCCAUCGGCUUGACCAUGAUGUUUGUGACGAUCCUGGUCCCGUCCGGAUGGAUCCUCAUGCACCUAGAAGACUACAAGAAGCGCGCCUGAGCGCGUGCUACUUCAGUCACAGCCGCACCUUGCAUUCCGCCAUGAAAACCCUGUUUAUGCCUCAUCAAUAAACGAAUGUACCAAACACCUAAA